AUGGGUUUCGGUACUUCGAUACGUAUUGUUGUGAUGGAACCGGAUAUCAUUGCUCAUGUUCUUGCUCAUUCCAAUGCUCAGGACUUUAUAAGAACGUCGGACAACGGCGUAUCUCUCAAACAUUUAAUUGGAGAACGUAAUUUAGUAAUGACCAAUGGCUCGUAUCAUGAUCGUGCUCGACAGAUGCUUAACCCAGCUUUUCAUUUUGACAAUGUAAAAUCGAUGAUCUCGACUAUGAACAAUCAAACUGCUAGGAUCAUUGAUGAGCUUUUUGUUUUAUCCAAUGGAAAGAAUUUUAUUGAUUUACAGAAUGAAUUUCAACGUUUGACAUUAACAAUCCUGGUAUCAACUGUAUUCGGUACGAACUUUGAAACUACGGUUAAUGUCAAAGAGAUCGCAUCCAAAGGAUUUACUGAAGUGCUUGAUGCCGUACAAUAUCGGGUAUUACAUUUGAUUGAUCACAUUCCUUUCAUUUCUCGACUACCAUUUUUGUGUAAACCUUCCCUGGACAGCGGAUGUCGAAAAGUUUCUGAAAUUCUCACACAGGUCAUUAACGAUCGUCGACAGGGUCGAUCGACUGCACAAUGUUCAAAUGCUGAUCUACUUGAUCUUCUUCUUUUUGCUGUUGAUAAGGAAGGAAAGCCAUUUGGAGAGCAAGAAAUCAAAGAUUUAACUUUGUCUUUUACAUUCUCGGGACAUGAGACAACCGCAAAUCUGAUGACAUGGACUAUGUAUGUGCUAAUGACAAACAAAGAUGUGUGGCAUGCUUGUCGAGAGGAAGUCGAUAGAAUACUUCUUGACGACACCGAACCCACCUACGAACAUUUAAGUAAGCUCGUUGUCUGUGAGGCCGUUUUACAAGAAACACUUCGACUUUAUCCUUCGGCUCCCUUCUUCUCACGUCAAUGUGUUCGUGAGCAUACCGUCACUACUAGUCAGCGUCAAUUGCGCAUUCCUGCAGGAACAACUAUUAUUUUGAACACUUAUGCACUUCAUCGUGAUGCUGAUUUAUGGUCUCGAUCUCUCGAAUUCGACUACACUCGAUGGAUGCGUCAUCCUAUCACUGGUAUAAAGCCAAAACUUGCUCAUCCAUACUGUUAUUUACCAUUUGGAGCUGGACCACGCAAUUGUAUUGCUCAGAACUUCGCUUUAGUUGAAGCCAAAAUUAUAUUAGCAAUGCUCGUGCAACGAUGUGAUUUCGAGAUGGAACCUGCAUUUCAUAGCCGUUCUAAUCGUCGAGUACAAGUUAAUUAUCCAAAUAUUUGGUCAUUCAUAAAAUUUCUUCAAGGAGAAGCGAAUCGUUUUCAUCUCAUGUAUGUUCAGUUUAUUGCAGGUUUUGGUGUUAGAUCAAAACAAGCUAAAACAAUUGCUAUUUAA